CGCAUUGUACGUAAAAAAGCGAGGGAACUCCUUUCAGAGCAGAGCUCUCACACUCAACGCCUGAACAGCGACGAACUCCACUUCCCUCUCAGUCUGCAUGUCCUUUCUUCUUAUUCGCAUUUCCUUCCACUCUCCUCCUUAGCCAUGGCGUCCAAGGGCAAGGGGAUUGCCAAAGACACCUCUUCCGGUAAACGGAAGCUUCGCGAUGACACCGAUAGCUCCGCUGCUCGCAAGAGGAGGGACCGUAGCGUACUCCAGUUCUUCGAAGAUGUUUCUCCCGAACUCGGUGCCUAUAGCGACGACAGUGAUUUUCUUGAUGAUUUCAUGGAGGAAGAGUUUGAGCCAGUACCGGCAUUUAAGAAUGAUGAUUCAAAAGCUCAAAAUAUCCCAUUUUUCCCCAAAGAAGAGGAAAUGAAUGAAGAAGAAUUUGAUAGAAUGAUGGAGGAACAUUACACUCGAGGUCCUGGACUUGGUGCAUUUGCAGAAGAAAAUUAUGAAAACAAAAUUUCCACUGGAAGAAACCCUCCUCAGCAAUCUGCCAGGGAUAUUGUCUUUCUGUGGAAGCUUAAAUGCAUGGUUGGGCGUGAGCGGCAAUCAGUUUUUUGUCUCAUGCAGAAAUUUGUUGAUUUGCACUCGUUUGGUACCAAGUUACAGAUAAAAUCUGCAUUUUGUGUGGAGCAUAUAAAAGGUUUUAUUUACAUUGAAGCUCCAAGGCAGUAUGAUUUAAUUGAGGCAUGUAAAGGCAUAAAUGGAAUAUAUUCUACCCGUAUAGCUUCUGUUCCUGAAAAUGACAUCUCUCAGUUGCUUACUGUUCAAAGUAGAGUCAGUGAAGUUGCUGUGGGUACAAUGGCCCGUGUAAAAAAUGGAAAAUACAAGGGAGACCUUGCUCAGAUUGUUGCUGUCAACAAUGCACGCAAGAGAGCAACAGUGAAGCUGAUUCCGAGGAUUGAUCUUCAAUCGAUGGCUGAAAAAUUUGGUGGAGGAGUCGUCGCUAAAAAAGCUACCAAUCCUGCACCACGAUUGAUCAACUCUAGCGAACUUGAGGAAUUUCGACCACUCAUGCAAUUUAGGCGUGACCGUGAAACCGGGAAGCUUUUUGAAUUUCUUGAUGGGAUGAUGCUCAAGGAUGGAUAUCUAUACAAAAAAGUAUCUUUAGAUUCAUUAAACUGCUGGGGUGUGAUGCCAUCUGAAGAUGAGCUCUUAAAGUUCAAGCCUCCUGAGAGCAACGAAGCUAAUGAUCUUGAGUGGCUCUCUCAACUUUAUGGUGAAAAGAAGAAAAAGAAGAUUAUUAGGACUGAAAAGGGGGGUGGAAAAGGAGAGGGCUCAUCAGGGUCUAGUUCCAUGAUCAGCUUUGGAGAUCAUGAUCUUAUUUGUUUUGGCCGGAAAGAUUUUGGGAUGAUAUUAGGGACGGAAAAAGAUGAUAGUUACAAGAUUUUGAAGGAUGGCCCUGAUGGAUCUGUUGUGGUGAAUGUGCAACGGAAAGAGUUGAAAAGUGGGCCUUUAGAUGCUAAAUUUACUUCUGUUGAUCACAAUGGAAAGAUCAUCUCUGUUUCAGACAAUGUCAAGGUUUUGGAAGGUUCAUUGAAGGAUAAGCAAGGGAUUGUUAAGCAUGUAUACAGGCACACGGUGUUUGUAUAUGAUGAGAAUGAGGUGGACAACGAUGGUUAUUUCUGCUGCAAAUCUAACUUGUGUGCGAAAAUCAAGAUUUCUUAUGAUGCCCCUAGUGGAAAGGAAGAUGACAAGGGUUUCUCUGGUUUUGAGGAUUUCUCCUCUUCGCCCAAAUCACCUCUAUCCCCUAAAAAGCCAUGGGCAGAGAAGGAAGGCCGUGAGUACAACCGUGAUGAUAGAGGAGAUGGAAUGUUCUCCAUUGGUCAAACCUUGAGAAUACGUGUUGGUCCUUUAAAGGGAUACCUAUGUCGUGCUAUAGCUGUGCGUAAAAGAGAUGUUACAGUGAAGCUUGAUUCCCAACAGAAGGUUCUUACAGUCAGAUCUGAUCUUCUUACGGAGGUACAUAGAAAGAGCUCUGCUGUGUCUGUUAGUGAGGAUCCUGAAUUUUCUUCUCUAAAACCAUUUGAUAUACUGGGAAAUGAAGGCAGCUCCCAAGAUUGGAUGGGUGGUACGGGGUCAUCUGCAGCUGGUGAUGGCUGGAAUUCUGCCGGGCCUUCUUCAGAAAGAAGUCCUUGGCCCAGUUUCCCCGAGUCUGGUACCUUGAAUUGUCCUGGGUCCAGUUCCACGAAUCCUUUUGGUACUGAAAAUCUUGAUGCUAAAGAAGAUGUUGAAGACUCUCCUUGGGUUAGCAAGUCGACUGCAGAAGCAAACACUUCCUGGGGUGCUGCAAAAUCGAGUGUUGAUACUGCUAAUGAUGAUCAAGCCUGUGGAUGGGGUAAGAGCGAGUCAUGGGACAAAGCUACUGCUAAAACUAUUUCAGAUGGUAAUGUUUCUGGUGCCUGGGGCAAAUCAGUAGUACCUAGUGGAGAUUCUGCUGGCGACAAGUGGGACAAAGAGAAGCAUGUAACUUCGGAUAAUCAGACUGGAAAGUGGGGCGGCGGAACCUCUGGAAAGAAUGAAUUCAGUGAAUGGAGCAGAGAUAAAGAUUCAGAAUCUGGGGGGUGGAAAAAGAAUCCAAGUGUUAGUGUUGGUGAUAACAAUACUCCAGCAGAAACCUCAGCUGAUAAGUGGGGCAGCAAAAAUAGAUCAAAUGGAAGCUGGGGUGAUCAGAAUGUUUCAACCACUGUCUCUGAGAUUCAGACAGCUGGCAAAGGCAAUGUAGGUGGCUGGACCAAACCAGGAGCAGAAAAUAAGAUCAAUCCAAGUGGUUGGAAUGAAGACACUUCAAUGAAGGGAGGUCAAACAUCAAACUGGGGCAACCAGGACGAGGCAGGUGGUUGGGGUAAGCCAAUGAAUGUGGGUGAUGGUGGCAGUUCUGCUUGGAAUAAAUCUACCGCUUGUGGAGAUGGAAAUGACAGUUGGAAAAGAUCUAAUGAAUUAGAACGUGAGGGUGGAAAUAGAAGUUGGAAUGCAUCCAAGUCAUCUGAUGGGGAUUCAGCUAUUUGGAAAGAUAAAUCUGAUUCCUCAAGUUUGACAGCUUCCAAAGGAGAUCAGUGGGGGGGAGGUUGGAAUAAGCAGCACAGUUCCAAUGAGACGAAAGCUUCUGAGGACAAUUCACCAUGGAAUAAGAAAUCUGUUGAAAGUGGAAAAGAUAACGAGGUAGAGAAUCAAGGCAGUGGUUGGAAUGUUGGAAAAACUUCUGGAGAUUCUGCAUCUGGGUGGGGUCAGACCAGCAAGGAAGCCGGCUCAAGCGACCAAGGGAGUAGCUGGGGUUCUAAUUGGAAAAAAAAAUCUGAUACUGGAAAUGAGGAUUCUAGUUCGGCUAAGAAAAGCAACUGGAGUUCUGGUAGUGGCAAUUCUAACUGGGGCGAGAAAAGUAACUGGAACUCAGGAAAUGAAUUUAAUGCUAAUCAUUCCAACGAUGGUGCUGAAGCUCAGACUGAAGUUUCCAAUGAUUGGAGAGGAGAAAGUAGUGAUAGAGGAGGCUUUAGAGGUAGAGGUUCUUUCAGAGGAAGGGGUGAAAGGGGUCGGUUUGGUGGUAGAGGCAGAUCUGAUAGAGGUGGAUUUGGUAGAGGUGGAUCAGACGGAGGAGGAUUUGGAGGCAGAGGCCGUGGGAGAUGGAACAGUGAAGGUGGUUCAAAUGAUGGGGACAAUAAAGGGUGGAGUGGUGGUGGUGGUGACUGGGAGAAAUCUAGUUCAGAUCGAGGUGGAUUUGGUGGCAGAGGCCGUGGAAGAUGGAACAGAGAAAGAGGUUCAAAUGAUGGUGAGAAUAGAGGGUGGAGUAGUGGUGGUGGUGACAGGGAGAGAUCUGGAUCAGACAGAGGUGGUUUUAGAGGCCGAGGUCGUGGAAGAUGGAACCAGGAAGGCGGUUCACGUGAUGGUGACAAUGGAGGAGGGUGGAGUGGUGGUAGAGGCGGAUAUGGAGGCAGAGGCCGUGGAAGAUGGAAUCAAGAAGGUGGUUCAAAUGAUGGUGGUGACAGUGGAGGGCGGGGUGGUGGCAGCUGGGAGAAGUCUCAAUCUGACAGAGGUGGAUUUGGAGGCCGAGGCCGUGGAAGAUGGAAUCGAGAAGGUGAUACAAAUGAUGGAGACAAUGGAGGAGGUUGGAGUAGUGGUGGUAACUGGGGGAAGUCUGGAUCAGACAGAGGGGGAUUUGGAGGCGGAGGCUCUGGAAAAUGGAGCCAAGAAGGUGGUUCAAAUAAUAGUGACUAUGGAGGAUGGAGUGGAGGUGGUGGUGGAAGCUGGGGGAAGUCUGGAUCAGAUAGAGGCGGAUUUGGAGGCCGAGGCCGUGGAAGAAGGAAUCAAGAUGGUGGUUCAAAUGAUGAUGACAAUGUGGAUAAACCUGCAAGCUGGAGCACAGGUUCAGGUAACAAUGGAGGGUGGAGCAGUGGUGGUGGUGCAGGUUCCUGGAACGGAGGAGGCGAUGACAAGAACCAGCAGCAGAGUUGGAAGUCGAGCAAUGAUGCUGGUGAGGGAUCAGGUUGGAAGGCACCAAGUGGGAAUGAGAACAUUAAUUGGAAAGCAUCUGGUUCUUCUGGUGUGGAUGAUAAUUCCGGCUGGAAUAAAUCAACUGCUUGCAAGGAGAUUGAAGAGAGUGGUGAUCAGAAGAAUAGCUGGGGCAAAGCAGCAAAAGCGGAUACUCAUACUCAAGGCGGAGGCUGGCAGAAGUCAGCAUCUGGUUGGAAUGAAGGAACUGAUAAUCAAUCAUCGAAGAAGGAUGUGAAUGCAGUUGCUAGCGAUGGAGGUUGGAAUGAUCAAAGUGAAAAUCAGGCCAAAAAUUGGAAAUCUUCUGAGGCUUCUGGUGAGGGUCAAAGUUCUGCCUGGAAGCCAUCGACCUCGACCACGGACAAGGGAGCUGACAGUAGCCAGAAGGGCAACUGGAACAAAGAAGCCAAUGCAGGUGCCCAAGGAGGAGGAGGGGGUUGGGACAAGCCUACAUCCAGUAACGACACUGCAGGUUGGGGAAAAUCGAGUUCUGCAGAUGAUGGGAAAUCGUCGUCUGGUUGGGGUCGGUGAUUGAUGCUCACUCGAGUUCAUUCAACUUGUGGAGUGGAAAGAAGCUGCUUUUUGAGACAUUAACACCAGACAAGUCGUCUUUCUCUCGAUUAGAGAUUUUUGUCUACGGUUCGAAAGAUGAUACCUCUGCUACAAUCAACCGGUGAUCCUUCAGGUAAAAGAUAGUCAACCGGUGAUCCUUCAAGUAAAAGAUAGAGACCUAUUGAAGGAAUUCGAACCUUUAAUCUUUAAAUUGAAUAUACAAUUCUUCCAUUUUUGUUUUCUUCAUUGUUUCUUUCAGAGUUUGCUUUUAAAUUUUUGAAACAGAACAACGGUGGAGUAGAAUGGCAGCGGAUCUUUCACUCGUUAUGGGAGGGAGACAUCAUCCACAUUUCCACAUGCUGCGGCGGUUCCAAAGAUUCCAUUUUGUCAAAUAUUUCCACCGACAGACAGACAACCCAUGUUUCGACAACGUUGAUGUUUUACUGAACUAAAAUAGUAAGCAGAGUUAGAACGACCAUGUUAACAACUGAAAGAGAUGGUGGCAGUGCACUGUUCACACCGCCCCCGCCGAAUAUCAUCCCGAAGUAGUCACCACCGCUGUCGCUGCCACUGGACCCGGAAUUGGAAAAGCUCUCGUCUCCAGGGGGACAACUUUACGCUUCUAAUCGAGCUCAUAUUACCGAACAGAGUUGAACAUUGAGAUUGUGGUGUGUAAUGGAUUGGGAAAGCAAAAGGUAUUGCUUGCUUGCCCAAUGUAGAAGUGGACAGAACAGACAAAAGACAAGAACAAGAAAACAAGUGAGCUGUGUUUUUCGACUGUUGUGUCAGCCCUAGAUUCUCACUCCAAAGUCCCACAUACUAUAUAUCUCAUUUACCCAUUCAAUUUAUCCAUAAAUUUGUAUUUUAGUUAAAAUUAUUUGUUUUUUUUUUAUAAAAGUCUAGAUAAGUUAUUUAUGAGGUUAUAUCCAAUCAUAAAAUUCUAAAUUUUGAAACUAUUAAGGACCACAUUUUUAACAUUUACUCCUGAUCUCUAAAAUCUCGAACCUGUUUAUCCUCGAGAUAGAUUAGAGCUACUUUCGGAGCACAAAUUGUCUCCCCAUUAACUACACCAAAUCUCGAGGGAAAAAAAACAAGGGUAUUUUGGUCAUUUCAUAUUGAAACUCUAAACUCCGACAAACCGAAUGAAAAACUAGGCCUCAACUAUCAAGACCCAAUUGAAAUUUUCAACUAUAGAGAGUAUGAAUUUUAACCAAAAAG